AUGGUCCUGUUCAUGGAUCUAGUGACGAAUGGUGAUUUCACCCCUCUCGUCAAAAGGCCACCAUAUAUUGGAAUCCGACCCGCGUCGUUUCCGAGUGUUGAAGAAGCCAAGCAACAACGCGUCCCGUUGUCAAAGCAGAUCUUCAAUAACUACAACCUGUUGAAGAUGCCCAUGCAGAGACAUGAGACGCUUUUCAUCUCGGCAUGGAAGAAAAACAGUGUAAACCUGCGCACCAAUGUAUUUGAAAAAGAGUGGUCUGAGAUGAACCGGAAUCAUAAUAUGGCUUUCAAAGACAUGCUGAACUGGAGAGCACCGACGGAACAGAGUUGCAAAUGGCCACCUAUCAUCGUGGAAGAUUUCAGUUACAAGGACUCUUUCCUAGUCUUCCUGAAAAGCCGAGCCAGCGUCGGUCCUUCGGCAUUCUACUGGCUGGACAAAGAGUCAUGGCAGAUAGGGGUCGGGGCCAACAUUAUCAAAGUGCCAUAUUUGUCAGAUUGA